AGAGAGAACAAAACAACAAUGAGCAGCACUAUAUCAGAGAAGAUAUUAAAGUAUAGAUCUACAAAGAAGGAUGAGGAUAAAACAAGAGAGGAGCUCGUUGAAGAGCUAGAGAUAAUGCGCAAGUUGGCAAGAGCCAACUGCAACUCAAGAAUCAUGUUGGAUGAGAUGUACCAAUUUGUAGCAUUGUUGGAUCAACAGGGCAACUUAUUGGAUGUUAAUGAACCUGCUUUACAUGGAGGCGGUAUGAUUCGUUCAGAGAUAGAGGGCAUACCAUUUUGGGACUGUAGAUGGUGGGCCGUAUCAGAAAAGACACAGAAGGAUUGUAAGGAGGCGGUGUAUCGAGCGGCCGAAGGACAGUUUGUGCGUUAUGAGGUCGACAUCUUUGGCAAGUCGGCCGGCACAGAGACCAUCACGAUCGACUUCUCCCUCAUGCCCCUAUUCGACGAGGAUGGCAAGGUGUGGCUCAUCCUGCCCGAGGGCAGGAACAUCACAGAGAAGAAGAUAGCCGAAGAUGAGAUUGCCCGCAAGAACAACGAGCUCAGACAACUAUACGAGAAGAUCAAAGAGUUGGAUGAGUUGAAGACACAGUUCUUUGCCAAUGUAUCUCACGAGUUAAGAACACCUCUCACUUUGAUCACGCAUCCAACAGAGAUGCUGAUGAAGGACCCAUCGAUAUCACAGGCAUCCAAGAAGUACUUGGACGUCAUUGCGAGAAACACAAGAGGACUGCUGAAGCACGUCAACAAUCUGCUGGACAUCAGCAAGCUCGAGGCUGGCAAGAUGACGGUGCAGUACUCAAUGGAGGACAUUGGACGCACGAUCAAUCUGAUCGCCUCGUGCUUCGAGCUCAUUGCCAGGGACAACAAUCUGGACUACACCAUUGUCACGCCGUCGCAGGAUGGACCUGCGCUGAUGGCCGCAAUCGACGCCGACAAGAUCAAUCGCGUCGUCACCAAUCUCAUCUCCAAUGCAUUCAAGUUCACGCCACGCGGCGGCAAGAUCCGCGUCAGUGUGCAACGCACCGACAUGCCCAACGGUGCACCAGGCUUCGAGGUCAUGGUGGCCGACACUGGCCCUGGCGUGCCCGAGCACCUUCACUCAAUCAUCUUUGAUCGCUUCAGACAGGUGGACGGCACAAGCUCCAGGAAGCACGGCGGCACCGGUCUGGGACUGUCAAUCGUCAAGGAGUUUGUCGAGCUUCACAAGGGCUUUGUGACCAUCUCGGCGCCCAAAGAGGGCACGGGCGCAAUCUUCUCUGUGAUCAUGCCACUCUCGCCCGACAUUGAGGCCAUGGCCCACAAGACCACCGUGUCCGACUCGAACGUCUCUUCGCUCGUGUCCCAGCCAGACGACUCGGCAGAGUCUGGCGGCGUCAAUCACCUUCAGUCGAUGGGUAGCAAGUUUGACGCGUCAAUGAUCGCCAGACAGGCAGCCGAGGAGCUGGAGCAGCGUGAGGGCUUCAUCGAGAACUUUGACGAGGAGAUGGAGGACCUCCACCACAUGCCCAAGCCAACCGUGCUUGUCGUCGAGGACAAUGUCGAGAUGAACAGGUUCAUCGCCGAGCUGUUGGCUUCGCGCUACAAGAUAUACACGGCGCUCGAUGGACUUGAGGGCCUGGAGAAGCUCAAGCAGCACACGCCAGACCUCAUCGUCACCGAUUGCAUGAUGCCCAAUAUGAGCGGUGACGAGAUGGUGGGCAAGAUCCGCGAAAUGCCUGAGUACGACAACAUCCCCAUCAUCCUGCUCACGGCCAAGGCCGACGAGUCGAUGCGCGUACGGCUGCUCAACAAUGGCUGCUCAGACUACAUCAACAAACCAUUCAGCUCGGAGGAGCUGACGGCACGUGUCUCCAAUGCGAUGGCCAUGAAGAAGGCCAAGCAGUUCCUGCAAGAGGAGCUCAAGUCGGCCAACAACGACCUGGGCGAGCUGGUCAACCAGCUGGCGACCAAGAAGCGCGAGCUGCAGGUGCUGGUCGUCGAGCUGGGGAAGGAGCGCGCGCUGCUGGACAAGGCCAACCAGCACAAGGACGAGUUCCUGAUGAACCUCUCACACGAGCUACGCACGCCACUCAACGGAAUCCUCGGCUGGAGCCAGGUUCUGCGCUACGAACACGACAUCAAGGAGCUGCAGCACGGCCUGGAGGCCAUCGAGCGAUGCGCACACGCGCAGAACCAGCUGGUCAACGACCUGCUGGACAUGUCCUUGAUCAUUGGCGGCAAGCUCCAGAUAUCGCCCGAGCAUAUCGACCUGUCCAUGAUGGUCACGAGCGCUGUGGAGACCCUGCAGCUGCAGGCCAAGAGCAAGAAGAUCACACUCAGCACCGACCUCGAGUCGCUCAACAUCCGCGGCGACCCAGUACGUCUCCAGCAGUGCGUGUGGAACAUGCUGUCCAACGGCAUCAAGUUCUCACGCGAGGGUGGCAGCGUUAGCGUCAAGCUCACGCGCUCUGACGGAGCAAACAUUCCAGGCGUGUGCUCACUGCCCGCUGAGAAGGCUCGCGAGCUGCUGGGCCAAGCCAAGACGGCCUGGUCUCUGCUGACCAUCACCGACACUGGCAAGGGCAUCUCUGCCGACUUCUUACCACAUGUAUUUGACCGCUUCCGCCAGGCCGACUGCAGUUCCACGCGCACAUACGGCGGCCUCGGCCUGGGCCUAUCGAUCGUCAGCAACAUCGUCGAGCUUCACGGCGGCAUUGCUUAUGCGCACAGCAAGGGCGAGGGCAUGGGCUCGCAGUUCUCCCUCCUCCUGCCGCUGGACCAGGAGAACCUGAAGCGUCCGCGCGCCACCUUUGAGGAGUCAUGCACACUAGAGCAGACCAACACGCUGAACGGUCUGCGCUUCAUGGUGGUGGACGACCUCGAGGAGACCGUGCAACUGAUCGCCAAGAUGCUCACUACGCAGGGCUCCAAGUCGAUCACCACGCACGUCACGGUCAAGGACGCAAUGGAGGCACUGCAAAAGGGCGACGCCAAAUUUGACGCCAUCCUCUCCGAUCUCACCAUGCCCAAUGAAGACGGCUACUCGUUCAUCGCCAAGAUCAGGCAGUGGGAGAGCAGUAACAAUCUGCCACGCACACCAGUCGUUGCGCUGACGGCCGCUGCCUCAAUCUCUGAUCGAUUCAAAGUCCAAUCAUGUGGCUUUGAUGACCACAUUGCCAAACCUGUAAAUUUACUUGGACUUACCAAUGUCAUCUUGAAGCUGAUACAUAAGCAACAGAGUGGCAACAACAACAACAACAAUAACGUAAGCAAUAGCAAUGGUACAAAUGGAAACCACAAUGGUAAUAAUGAUGGACAACAGCAGACAAAGAAG